AUGCUUUCUACGCUUUUCAUUGUUGUGCUCCUGAACCUAUUCCGACUGUCCAAGGGUGGUCCAACCUUUCUAGAGGAGUAUGGGGGCAGCUACGCACCAAAGACUAUCGAAACAUGGUACGGCCUCCAGGUUAUAGCGCCAGAUACUCCAUACGUGGCAAGGGCGGGCCCAAAUCAGUUGUACUUCAUCGACACCCGGUUUGACAAUGAGACUGCAAGUCAUGUGAAGGAACAAAUAGAAAAAGCAACGACACCGAAGGCAGGUGGAUACUUCUCUAUAGAUGAGAUCUCGGCAACAGUAGAAAUCAAAAACUCUGAAACUAACGAAACAACAUUCGUUUUUGAUCCCCCAUAUGCCAGGGUGAUGUUUGCACAAGAAAUAAAUAAGCGCAACCCAGAGCUCAAACUGCCUGAACAUGAACCUGCAGGUUAUUGGUUGGUAACCUAUGAUCUCGCCACUAGGUUAACAGAGAGAUACACAUAUUGCUCCGAUCUUGACUGUAGGAACGACGAUCAGGAUUGUGUGAUCCAGUCAGGUGGCAUCUGUACCUUCUGCGACAGCUGGAGAGUCUGCCGUGCUACCGCCCCAAAUGUCAAUGCUAUUGGCGUAUGCGGUAAAUACGGAUGCGCGAAAGCGGUCGACACACCGAAGGAAGAUGGAGAGACGGAUUCUGACUACUUUCAACGGAUGGACAAGUUGCACUAG